AAUCCUGUACCGACCUUCUGACCUCAUACAGCGACCCUUACUAGUGUAGGGUUUGAUGUGGAUGCAGCUGGUAUAUAUAACGCUCUGAAGCUGAGUUCGUUCCUCCACCUCCCAGCUUCCCGACUCAUAGUCGAUCAACAACUAUCGAGCAAACCACUCGUGUCGUGACUCAGCCGUCAAACACCCUGACCUCAACAGUAUUCACAGCAACCAUGUCCACGAAAAAUCUAACGCAACUCAAGCACCUCACCUCGAUGAAUGCGAGCGCGGAUGGCUCCUUCAAACGCCCAGUUUCCCAGUUCAGAAACUGGGUUGAGCAAAGCGGGCAGUUUGCGCCGGAGAAAGGUCGAUACCAUCUCUAUGCCUCGUACGGCUGCCCAUGGGCAACGCGCACCCUGAUCAUGCGCAAGCUCAAGGGCCUCGAGGAAAUAAUCCCGGUUACAAUGGUCUCGCCUCGCAUGAGCGAGAACGGCUGGCCCUUCGCGAACAUCGACCCGUUCCCCGGCGUCGAUGUCGAUCCUCUCCAUAACGCCGAGUACAUGAGGGACGUCUACCUCCGUGCGGCCCCGGACUUCGAGGGCCGCUUCACGGUGCCCGUCCUCUGGGACAAGAAGACGCACACUAUCGUGAACAACGAGAGCUCUGAGAUCAUCCGGAUGUUCAACAGCGCGUUCAACCAAUUCUUACCCGAGGAGAAGGCGAAGCUUGACUUCUACCCGGAGCACCUGAGGAAAGAGAUCGACGAGCUGAAUGCUUGGGUGUAUGAUACCGUGAACAAUGGUGUAUACAAGGCCGGCUUUGCAGCAGUGCAGUCAGCAUACGAGAAAGCGGUCUACCCGCUCUUUGAUUCGCUCGAUCGGCUCGAGAAGCUGCUCGAGGGCAAGGACUACCUCGUCGGCGGUCAGCUAACAGAGGCUGACAUUCGGCUCUUCGUCACCAUCAUUCGCUUUGACGUCGCAUACUAUAGCCACUUCAAGUGCAACUUCCGGACCAUCCGCCACGGAUAUCCGGCGAUCCACCUCUGGCUGCGCAAGCUGUACUGGAACAUCCCCGCAUUCAGAGAGACGUGCAACUUCGACCAUAUCAAGACGGGGUACCACUGGCAGAAAGCUUACAACCCGACGCAGGUCGUGCCCGUUGGGCCGAUCCCGAGCAUUCUUCCGCUCGAAGCGUAGCUGCAGCAACUAUCUGGUGUCUCGGUG